UUUCAACAACAAAAAAAAUUAAAAUAAAACAAUGAACCUUGCUUUAUGAAUAAAAGAAAAAGGUGAAGUUAACUUAAAAAGUUGGAAUAUUGGAUCUUUUUCAUAUAAAAAAUAAAAAAAUCCACUCUCGUAACUAUUUUUCAACUCUAACUAACAUUCUCAUAUCAACUUCAAUUCAUCUCUUCCAAUUAGAUUUUGCUUUCACUUCAUUCUUCAGUUUGUACUGUGUAGUGUUGGUGUAAUGGAUGCUAAAGCUGUUCAAACGUUGAAUUUCUCGGGUUUUACCCGACCCGGAAAUUUCGAGGGAAGAAGAACCGGAUUCUCUUUGAGUCGAACCGGUAAACCGGAAAUGGUUCGGAUGAGCCGCCGCAAGAUGGUUCAUAUGGAGAUUGCUUGUUCUUAUAACAACAUUCCAGCUUCGAUAUUGGAAUCAGGAGGCCAUAAGUUUCCCCUUGAGGAAGAGUUGAUUCUGAAGAAUAAAUCGCAACAGAUCCAGCCGUAUUUAAAUGGACGCUGUAUAUAUGUUGUUGGAAUGAUGGGCUCUGGGAAGACAACCGUGGGGAAGAUUAUGUCGCAAGCGCUUAGCUAUUCUUUUUGUGAUUGUGAUACAUUGAUUGAGGAAGAGGUUGACGGAAACUCUGUAGCUGAUAUAUUCAAGCUCUAUGGAGAAUCUUUCUUUCGUGACAGGGAGACUGAGGCAUUGCGUAAGAUGUCCAUGAUGCAUAAAUUUGUCAUUUCUACUGGCGGAGGUGCUGUUUUGAGACCCAUCAAUUGGAAAUAUAUGCACAAGGGCGUUAGUGUUUGGUUGGACGUACCGGUGGAUGCAUUGGCAAAAAGAAUUGCAGCCGUGGGAACUAAUUCUCGCCCUCUUCUUCAUGAUGAAGCCGGGGAUGCAUACACAGCGGCUUUGAUGCGCUUGUCUUCUCUUUUUGAAGAAAGAGGUGAAUUCUAUGCCAAUGCUAAUGCCAGAGUCUCAUUAGAAAACAUAGCAGCAAAACUGGGACGAAGUGAUGCAUCUGAUUUGUCUCCAACUGCUAUUGCAAUUGAGGCCCUAGAGCAAGUUGACAACUUUUUAAAGGCAGAAGAUGGUGGUUAUGCAAGAUAGUAGUAUGAAGUUUUGCACAAUCAUGUUUUAAUUGUUAAUAUUUUUUCUGUCUUCAAUUUUCAGUUUGCAAUUAAGGCCAUGCUGUUGUGCAUUGUUUUUUUGAAGUGUGGAAAAUAAAAUAAAAGUUAAUGUAACAUGGCACAGGUUGAGAUGAGGUUUUUGCUGUAAAUUAAGCUUGGUUGAUCAGUUAAUGUGUGACUGAAUUCCUGUAAGAGAUUGUAUGUUGUAAAAGUGUCACUUUAUCUUCUAUCUGAUUUUUGUUGUAAGAGUGACACUUUAUCUUGUUCCUGUACGAAAGAUUAAUCUAUGGAACAUGUAUUAAUUUUUA